CGAGUGGGAAUCUCGGAUCGACGGAACAAAAACUCAGCUGGGUUCGGUCAGUCAGUAGGUCGUGCUUUUACCGGGCAUGAGGCGCGCCCGGUUGCGCGUUAUAAUCAUUUACGUACGAUUAGCUAACUCAUUUAGUUAACAGUAAUAUAGUGUUAUUACACUUAAAAUAAACUACAAAUAGUGAUGGAUCUAAAUAGUGUAUAAUUUAAACAAAUUUCCAUACAAAUAUUAGGUCUAAACACGCGUGAAUUGUAACAGUCCGCUAACGUCCUUGCACAUUAAAUUUAGUUUUUGUUUAUUGUAAAUUACAGUUAAUGAUUUUACAAGGUGUUUUCCUUCGAUCAUAAAAGACAAUGUCGCGAAGAAGAGUAAUAAUAGGCGGCGCAGGAGUCGCCGGUGCAGCGAUAGCAGCGUGGGCACUCUCGGCGGAUGAUUCACUUGCCAACUGGUAUAAACCCACAGUCGCGGCCAGGACAGAGCGCAAGAAGCGCCCCCUACCGUCGAGAGCGGAGCAGGUAGCAGCUUUACAAGCUGGCCACCAGUACGACAUCCUCAUCAUCGGAGGGGGCGCCACAGGCGUCGGCUGCGCGCUGGAUGCCACCACCAGAGGGCUCCGCACAGCUCUGGUCGAGAAGGACGACUUCGCCAGCGGCACUUCGAGCAGGAGCACCAAGUUGAUCCACGGCGGCGUGCGGUACCUGCAAAAAGCUAUUAUGCAGCUCGACUAUGAACAGUACAAAAUGGUGAAGGAGGCGUUACACGAACGAGCGAAUAUGUUGGAAGUCGCGCCGCAUCUAACGCGGCCGUUGCCUAUUUUAUUACCAGUGUAUAAAUGGUGGCAAGUCCCCUACUACUGGUUCGGCAUAAAGAUGUACGACUUGGUGGCUGGCGACCGAAACGUCAAGAGUUCCUACUACUUGUCCAAAAAGAACACCCUCGAAUUGUUCCCUAUGUUGAAAUCUGACAACCUUUGCGGAGGCAUCGUAUAUUAUGAUGGUCAGCAAGACGACGCACGUAUGAACCUAGCUAUCGCGCUUACGGCCGCCCGCCACGGGUGCACCAUCGCCAACCACAUCAGUGUCACGCAACUUUACAAGACCGCCGGGAAACUUAGCGGCGCUCGAGUGAAGGACGAGAUGACUGGCAAGGAGUGGGACGUGAAAGCCAAAUGCAUCAUCAACGCGACCGGCCCCUUCACAGACAGCAUCCGCAGGAUGGACGAACCCACCGUCAAGGAGAUCUGCUGCCCGUCCUCCGGCGUCCACAUCGUGUUGCCAGGAUACUACAGUCCAGAACAUAUGGGCCUGCUGGACCCCGCGACGUCCGACGGCCGUGUCAUCUUCUUCCUGCCGUGGCUGAAGGGGACCAUCGCGGGCACCACGGACCUGCCGUGCCAGGUCACGCACAACCCCAAGCCCACUGAAGACGAGAUUCAGUUCAUUCUGACCGAAGUCAAGAAUUAUUUGAAUCCAGAUGUUGAAGUCCGGCGCGGCGACGUGCUGUCGGCGUGGUCGGGCAUCCGGCCGCUGGUGUCGGACCCGAACAAGGAGGACACGCAGUCGCUGGCGCGCAACCACAUCGUGCACGUGUCGGGCUCCGGGCUCGUCACCAUCGCGGGCGGCAAGUGGACCACCUACCGCGCCAUGGCGGCCGAGACCAUUGAUGCUGCUAUCCAGAGUGCUAAUCUGAAACCCCUGUAUCGCGAUUGCCAGACCGACGGAUUUUUGAUCGAAGGCGCGCACGGAUGGACCCCUACUAUGUAUAUCAGAUUAGUACAGGACUUCGGACUCGAAAUGGAGGUAGCACAACACUUAGCGAAAUCGUACGGCGACCGCGCGUUUGCAGUGGCCAAGAUGGCCGCCAUGACAGGCAAGCGCUGGCCAAUCAUCGGCAAGAAAAUGCAUCCCGAGUUCCCGUACAUUGACGCUGAAAUCAGAUACGGCGUCCGCGAGUACGCGUGCACGGCCAUAGACAUGAUCGCGCGGCGCCUGCGGCUGGCCUUCCUCAACGUGCAGGCGGCGGCCGAGGCGCUGCCCGCCAUCGUCGACAUCAUGGCCGAGGAGCUCAAUUGGAACGACGCUGAGAAGAAGCGACAAAUCCAAUUAGCCAGCGAAUUCUUGGCCAACGAGAUGGGCCAGAUGGUGAACCGUGCCAGCCGCGACAAGAUUCCCAUCAACCUCAGCAAGGACGAGAUCCAGACCUACAUCAAGCGGUUCCAGAUCAUAGACAAGGACAGGAAGGGCUUCGUCUCCAUCAACGAUAUCAGGAGAAGUCUCAAGAGCAUGGGUUUGAAGCCAAGCCACGAGGAAAUUAGCGCUAUUCUCUCAGAAAUUGAUGUCACUUACAACGGCCAACUGGAAAUUCAAGAUUAUCUGCAGAUGAUGUCGGCCAUCAAGUCUGGUCACGUGGCGUACUCCCGAUUCGCGAGGAUGGCGGAGAUGGAGGAGGAGCAUCAUGAGAAGGAGGUCCUCAAGAAGAAGAUCUCAGUCGAAAGGAGUGGAGGUGGCUUGUAAAUGCCUCGAUAAACAUGAAACUCACUCGCAACAACAUAUAGAUAUUAAGCAAGCAGUACACAAAUAACCUGUCCGAAGUAUUAUUUCCUAAGAAAAUGUACAACAUAUUUUUUUUUAUUUAACGAAAUAACCUGUAAUAAUUAAUUUUAAGCCUCCCAAAUAUCUAUUUAAGUAACAAAAAUAUACAUUUUCAAAUCACUUAUCGAGAUAUUUAACUCGAAUAAUUAUUAUUUUUUAACACUUGAAGAAUUGAAGAUUAUGGCGCGUUCCCAUUGCUGAGUCGCGCUCUGUUGCGACGACGCAAUACGUUGUAGCUCUGUCGUGCUCCGUUGUUAUAGGGUUUCGCACUGACGUGAGUUGACAUACGUCGAAACUUCAUACAAUAUGUUCUACGUUCUUCUGUGUUGUUUCGUCGACGGAUGUCAACAUGACGGAGGACGUCGCAGCGCAACUGAGCAAUGGAAACUCGCUCUAAAUGUAAUAGAUUAUCAAUGUAAGAAUUAUAUGUUAAUUUAUUACAAAAUCUUACAAGGAAUAUUAGUUAAUAAGUAGUAACAUUUGAAUAUAAUUUGGUUGUAAAAAUCAAAGCUCAUUAGUGAUAUUUAAAAUUCUAUUUUUCUUAUUAAUUUUAUGUAUUAUAUAUUUUGUUUGAAUUGGACAUGAGUGUACUAGAUUCUAUAUCAUAAUUCACUGAUUGAAUAAAGCACAAUGCUAUGAAACGACCCAUCUGACCGAUCAUAAUUGUAAAAAGACACUAAUUUAAAAUCAUUUUCCUAUCAAAAUUUGGUAAAAUUAUAGUUGUAAUUCUUAAAUACUUUGAUUGUGCAAUAAAAUGAGAUUAAAUCAUA